AUGGUGCCUCCCCAGCUCCCAGACACCAUGCUCGCAGUGCGCGUAGAAGAAUUUCACCAACCCUACUCUCUCCGUCAAAUCCCCACCCCUAGCCCCAGCAAUCUGGGCCCUAAUGACCUCCUCUUAAAAGUCGGCGUGGCAUCCUACUGCCACACCGACAGCAUGGUCAUCGAGGGCGAAAUUGCCAAACACCCUCAAAUCACCGCCUCCCAUGAAGCUGCGGGUACAGUUCUCGCCACUGGUUCCUCCGCCACCGAUUUCCCUGUCGGUUCCCGCGUCAUGGUAGGCGUGCCGUUCCACCGUUGUGGAAGUUGUGCCGAGUGCCAAGGCUCGGAGGAAUACAAGCAGUAUUGUACCAAUGGUGAUUAUUUUGGCGUUACUACAGAUGGCGGGUUUGCAGAAUAUGCGAUUGCGGAUGCGAGGGAGGCUUGUGUUCUUCCUGACGCGGUGGGCUUUGAUACGGCGGCCCCGUUGGCGUGUGCGGGGUGUACUGUGUGGAGAGGUGUGUUGCGGGCGGACCUGAAGGAAGGACAGUGGCUUGGCAUAGUUGGUGCUGGAGGGGGGCUGGGGCAUUUGGGGGUGCAGUUUGCGAAGGCGUUGGGGUUAAAGGUUGUGGGGAUUGAUGCGAAAGAUCUGGCGCUGGAGUUGGCGAGAGAGUGUGGCGCUGAUGUCGUUGUUGAUGCAAGGAAGGGGACGAAAGAGGUUGUGGAGGCUGUGAAAGGGGUUACGGGUGGGGAGGGAGUAGAGGUGGCGAUUAAUGUUAGUGGUGCUGACGAGGCUGCUGCGCUGUCUUGUGCUAUGACGAGGGUGCAUGGAACUGUGAUACAAUUGGCCCAGCCGACGGAGGUGAAAAUACCGUAUCCAGAACUGAUAUUUAGGGACAUUAGAAUCAAAGGCAGUUUAAUAUCUACAAAGCAAGAAGCAGAACGGAUGCUUCAGACCGUUGCGGAUCACAAUGUCAAGGUUCAGACGAAUUUUUUCUUUGGAUUGGAGGAAGUGCCCAAGCUGGUUGACUUUGUUCACGCCGGGAAGAUGGCAGGCAAAGGUAUAGUCGUUGUGGACGAGGAAGAGCAGAGGCGAAUUAAACAGGCAAAGCAUUAA